AUGGGUGCCAAGAUUGAUCAAACUAUAACAAACAGCAAAGGGCCACGCACGUUUAUUCUAUAUGGAGAGAAUUAUCAUCUAAUGGGUAGCCUUAUACUCGAAGAGGUGUGUAUGGCAAGAUUUGCACAAUUAUAUGUGUACGAUACACAAAAUGAAAUUCAAAAUUGUAUAGCAGUGAUAAGAGGAAAAGAUAAUAACAAGAUAAAUGAAGAUAUUGUCAAAGAUUUGAAGAAGAUGUUGGACAAUAACAACGUGUUGGUAAAGGCAUUUCGAAUGGUUCGGGAGUCUAUAGGAUCUGACUACACAUCCAUGGUGAAGUUGAGGUUGUUUGGAAAAUGGGGCAAAGAUGGUAGGCGGAAUAACCUACCAUCUACUAAUGAGGUUGCUGCGCUGAUAGUAGGCGACUUUGAUUUCGCGAAAACUGAUAGAGACAUUGUGGUUGAAACACAUAGUGGAAGGCUACAACGAAUAAAUCAGCUAAAUCCAACCUAUUUGGCAUUACAGUACCCUUUAUUGUUUCCAUAUGGAAAGGAUGGUUACAAGGAAGACAUUCCUCUAAAUAAAAAAUGUGGUAAAGAAGAUAAGGGUAGGCAAGAAGUCUCAAUGAAGGAGUUUUUUGCGUUCAGGAUCCAAGAAAGGCUAGCCGAUGUAUCUCCAUUGCUUUAUUCAAGAAGGUUUUUUCAGCGAUUCUUGGUAGAUGGAUUCUCCAUGAUUGAGUCAGCCAGAUUAAAUUAUGUUCGGCUUGAUCAAGAAAAGUUUAAGUGUGAAAUGUAUAAGGGCUUAUCCGAAGCAAUGUUAAGUGGGAAAACUAGACUUGCGUCAAGAGGAAAACGUAUCAUCUUGCCUUCUUCAUUCACGGGAGGGUCUAGGUACAUGAUACAGAACUACCAAGAUGCAAUGGCAAUUUACAGGGUGGUUGGCUAUCCAGACCUUUUUUUUUUACAUUCACAUGUAAUCCAAAAUGACCUGAAUUAUAAGAUUUUCUUAAGAAUAGAGAACUACAUGCAGAAAACUGACCAGACAUGGUACAUAUCCUCGUGCGAAGCUGCAUGGAGAAUUUUCGGGUAUAGCAUUCAUUAUAGGAACCCUUCUGUGGUAAGGCUAGGCUUUCACCUUCCUGGUAAACAACCAGUGAUAUUCAAGGACGAUGAAAACUUGGAUGACAUUGCUAGGAAAGAGUUUGUGAAAGAAUUCAUCUUCUUGGAAUGGUUCGAGAUAAUGGGAAGAAAAGCUAAUUCUGAUGCUACUUUUCUUGAUAUUGAGAUAUCGCAUUAUAAGAAGGAAAAAUACAUUGAGGUGGAGGAAGUUCCAUUUGAAGGUUCUAAGGAAAGGAAGGCAUCGAAUGAAUUGGAUGGUUUGGGUUUGGAAUUGAAUGAUAAAAUAGAUGAUGCAUGA